AUGGCGACGCCGUUCCAGGUCGAAGCCUGGACUGAGUACGCCAUUGGCUUGCUCGUGCUGCUGAUACGCAUCGUUUACCGGACGAGCAUUGUCGGGACCAAUUGGGAGGGCGAUGAUUACUUUGCCGUCAUUGCUGUCUUCUUCUGGACGGGCGAACUGGUAAUGCUAGAGUUGAUCGGCCAAUAUGGUAGCAUUACCGGAAUGAACGACGCGCUUGCCCUGACGCUCUCCGACCAGCAGAAAGAACGAAUCAUCAUCGGCAGCAAGUGUCUCGUGGCGGGAUGGGUGCUCUACGUCACCCUCAUCUGGUGCCUGAAGGCAUGCAUGCUGUUUCUCUACCGCCGGCUCACGCUCAACUUGCAGCAACAGAAGAUGGUCCUCAUCACCGCCGUCGCCUGCGUCCUUUGUUAUGUGGCGACGAUCCUCGUGAUACUGACACGAUGCAUGCCGUUCCACAAAAACUGGCAGAUUUAUCCGUAUCCAGGAGACGCGUGCGCGCUGAACAUUCCCAACUACAUCGCGCUUGCAAUAACCAACGUCACGACCGAUGUCAUGAUUCUUUACAUCCCACUGCCAUUGCUAUGGUCUGUUCAGAUGCCGUUGGCUAGAAAAAUCAUAUGCACCAUGUGGCUCUGCACCGGAGUCUUCAUCAUCAUCGCCACGCUCCUCAGAUGUAUCCUCUGCCUACAGGACGCGGAGUCGAUCAACCUCGGGACCAUCUGGUCAAUCAGAGAAACUUUCGUGGGCAUCCUAGCCGUCAACGCCCCGGUCCUGGGUCCCUGGAUCGCCAAAAAUGCCUCGGCCGUGCGGUCCCGGGCCUCGAAGAACCGCUCCAAGACGGGCGGCGACCCGGAUUCGGCCAGUCACAUCGUGACGAUCGGCGCGAAAGAGAGCACCCACCGGCUCGAGCGCCUGGGAAAGGACGGCCGCUCGCUCAGGGGCCUGGGGUGGACCGAGAUCAAUAACGAUAGCGAGGAGCGCAUCAUGGAGACGCAGAACGACGUGUCUGUGUCGGCGAAGCGCUCGGACGAGGUGGUGGGAAACGGCGGUACUAUCCACGUCAAGACCACAUUUGAGGUUUCUAGGUUGGCGUAG